AUGGAGGAGGUGGUGAAGAGACGGCCGAUAAUCUCUGCUAGAGAAAGAGGCCCGGGACCUGGACGCUACGCUCUGCCCCCUACAGUUGGAUACAUCAACCAUGACUUCACUAAACCCAGCAGCCCAGCAUACUCCUUCCACGGCCGCAUGAGCACGGUCUCUGCGGACUCCAGCCCAGGACCAAGGUACCACAUUGACGCCAAGGUUACCCGGUUUGGCCGGAUGGAGACGCCAUCCUACUCUAUUUUGGGAAGAGGAAGGCGCACAGGGAGUAAAGUCGAGCUGUUCCAGACUCCUGGGCCAGGGGCCUACAGCCCAGAAAAGGCUCCACCUCUCAAUGCUCACCGCAGACCUCCAUCCUACACCAUCGGUGCCCGCACCAGAUACCGCUCUGUGGAUGCUGUACCAGCACCCAACAGCUACAGUCUUCCUAAUCUGCUGGGCUGCCAGGUUCCCAACAAAUCCUCCAGUGCCAGCUACAGCAUCUCGAGCCGGAGGAAGGUCGGAGCUCCCUCCGAAGAUCUCUCCAUGAGCCCCGGACCGGGAAAAUACAACAGCACCAACCCAGACAUUUACCGCCAGCGCCAGCCCUCCUUCACCAUGCAGGGCCAGACUAAGAGGCCCAGUUAUUCCUCUGCUAUUCCCGGCCCGGGCACAUACAGCCCAGAGAAGUUUCACAUGCAUCUUCCCAAACCCCCGUCCUUCACUCUGGGCGUCAGACACUCUGAGUUUGUCACCCCACUUGUGGUGGAUGUAGCUGACUGACCCAUUCUCUGG